GAGUACUAGGUUCAAAGCUGACGUCGUCAAAAGACUCAGAACUCAAAAGAUUCCAACUCCUGUUUCCUUCUCUUUCAUUUCCUUUGUAAGCUGAACAAACAAACCGCCGAUGGGGGCAAGCGCCGAUGGAGGGCCGCCGGAAGUGACGUUGCAGACCUCCAUGGGUCCCUUCACUAUUGAGCUGUACGACAAGCAUGCCCCAAGAACAUCCCGGAAUUUUCUGGAGCUUUCUCGUCGAGGUUACUACGACAACGUCAAAUUCCAUCGCAUCAUCAAAGAAUUUAUAGUUCAAGGAGGGGAUCCUACUGGAACUGGAAGGGGUGGCGAAUCCAUUUAUGGUAAAUCCUUUGAAGAUGAGAUACAUCCAGAACUGAAGCAUACUGGUGCUGGCAUUUUAUCCAUGGCAAAUGCAGGUCCUAACACAAAUGGAAGCCAGUUUUUUAUUACCUUAGCUCCUACUCCCUCUCUCGAUGGAAAGCACACAAUAUUUGGAAGGGUUUGUAAGGGAAUGGAGAUCAUUAAGAGGCUUGGCAGUGUCCAGACCGACAAUACUGAUAGACCUAUUCAUGAUGUUAAGAUACUGAAGACAGCCGUUAAAGAUUGAUCAUAGAAGCUGUCAACAAGAUGUGUCUCUGCUCGUUGUCUAAGAUGCUGAUGGCAACAUAUUCAUAAUGUCUAGCUACCUGUUGUAAGUCUAUUGUACAAGCUGUCUUGGCAACAUACUAUCGUAUUAGUCAUCUGCAGGAAAUAGCUUGGAUAAUGAAAAAACGCCUUCAUCCUCCCAACCCUCUUAUGCACGUGUUGUUAGUUUCCCAUAGAUGGCAAAAUGAUAUAACAGGACAUGGAUAAUUAGUGAUGAUCUGCCGAUCUUUGAUUAAAAUAUGAAUAUGAUACAAUAGUG